AUGUCUUCCGAUGCCAACCUCCUCGCCCUCCCUUACGAGGUACGCGAGCAAAUCUUCCAACAGUACUUCAAACUCGACCGCGGCUACUUCUAUGAUGGAGAUUCUGAGAAGCUUGUCACUGCUGACGGCCAACCCAUUGACCUCUCGCUGAUGUAUACCUGCCACUCGAUCGCAGACGAUACGAAGCAUAUCCCCCUGAGCGUAAAUAUCAUCACCUUCUCGACGGUAUACCGGGAGGACUGGAGAGAACGCGCUGGUGGCCUUGGGUAUAUCUUGGAAUUUCACCGCCGACUCCAGUUCGACAUGAUACUCCACUUGGUCAGAUUCGUGACUCCUGAGAUGUAUUCUCAGAUUGGCCUCAAGUUCCCACAGAGCAUGCCAAACAUCAGGAAGUACUUGACGCCUCAUUUACGGUUUCUUGAGGAAAACAAUUGGCAAUAUUCGAGAUGGUUCGACAAGUCCAGAGCGAUCAGCGGCAGUCUGAUUGGUUGGUAUGGGGGCAUUCUGGGCUACACCAGAUUUGAGAUAUUUCAGUGGAAAUGGGGGGCAACCAGGUCUUCAAUCUCGGGCGCAAUUGCCUACACUUUACGGCUCCUCGCGGAAAAGCACCCUGCUGAGUUCGCCGAACGAAUCGAUAAAGCACUUCCAGGCUGGUCCGAUUCGCAUUCGCCUGAUGAGUUCUUGGAUCUUCCUUUUGACCCGUGGGCAAUUCCCUCUCUAUCCGAGGUCGUCGCAGCAGCGGACCAGCUACAGGCCCACCAGCUUUGGGAGUAUUUGGAAUCGUGGCACCAUGUUGAAGAGGAUAAAACUGUCGGAAACCGCUAUCGACAAAAGCUCUACUUUUCAGCGGCAGCUGUCGCUAUACGAUUCCUUAACCAGUUGCCCAAGCCCCGACGCCUCCAAAUACGGAACAUCAUAAUCAACGAGGAUCGGCUUGCCGUUGGAAGCUCUGAGGGCCAUGUCCUUGGGCUGAUACCAUUUUGCAAAGAAAACUCAAAACUUCAUGUUGAACAGCGCGUCAAUCUCUGGCGUAAUCUCCUAUUAAGGAUGGAAAUACCUCACAUCGAGGGAGCUAUUAAGCUAGCUGAACUUGGGCGUGAUGACGAGUACGACCAUAAACUCAGCCUCUACAGGGCUAGUUCUGCUUUGGCUUCCUGGGGAUUUCAUGCCAUGGAGGUCAUGGGCGAGGGCAUGCCUGCUGGGACCUUUUCCUUCGUUUUAGAUGGAGAUCCUGACCUGAAUCUCUCGUCCGACCUAUUCGACACGCUAGUUCAUCCAACCGUUGCCUGGCUGAAGGCAUACAACGAAUGCUCUUCUCGAGGCCUUUUUCCGCAGCCAUGCCAAGAUAUCUUUUAUUUCACGACGGCGACCUAUCUGCAAGGCAUCAAGCCCUUGCUUGGUGGAACCUCCUUCCUCCAGACCAACUUCAAUGUUGGUCAACCCUGGGAUUAUAAGAAGCUGGCUGAGACGCGCCAAGACUUGCCGUUCUCUGCAUGGAAAGGAAAAUACUAUCAAACAGGCCCCAUGCUCGACGUUUCUAGUCCUGCCCUGGAUUUGGUCAAAGUCAAGCUCGAGUUUGUUGAGCAGAAGAGGGAAUCCGACUAUCUUCACUCAUCACUCAACCUUUGCAAGCGUGAGAAGAAGCGCUUGAGAAGGGUGCGACGCAGGUGGGCGUGCAUCGAGACCGAGGCCGAGGAUGACACUGAGGAGGGACAGAGGAUGCGGACCCUCUUUGGGGAUGUGCACAAGGUGCCGCCCUGUAUGACCAGAUUUGAGAAAAGGAGGUAUCGGAAGGAGAGGCGUGCGCAAAAGGCGGCUGCGGGUGCAUCGCAUCAGACACAAGAGGACCUGACAGACAUUGAAGACAUGGAAACAUCGAUUUUUGGGGACUUCUUUGAGCCACGGACGGGCCUGUGGUGGUGGUAG